AUGUUUCUCAAAUAUUUAAUUUUGCUUAUUUUGAUUUUCACAAUCUUUGCUAAGUCACUAUGCGUAGAAGCUCAAAAUUAUCGACGUUAUCGUUUUGUGGUCAAGGAAGCUUCAUACAAGAAAUUGUGCGAAAAAAAGAACAUUCUAACGGUGAACGGAAAAUUUCCGGGCCCGACUAUAAAAGUCCAUAAAGGGGAGACUAUAAUCGUCGAUGUCUACAACAGAGGAAAACACAAUAUUACCCUUCAUUGGCAUGGAGUGAAGCAACCGAGGAACCCAUGGACUGAUGGGCCCGGGUACAUAACGCAGUGCCCGAUAAAACCGGGCGGCCAAUUUAGCCAAAAGGUCAUAUUCUCCAAGGAGGAAGGGACUUUGUGGUGGCACGCGCAUAGUGACUGGUCGCGGGCCACCGUGCAUGGGCCCAUUAUCGUGUACCCGGGCCAAGGGACUUCGUACCCAUACCCUAAGCCGUAUGAGGAAGUCCCGAUAGUCUUAGGGGAGUGGUGGAAAGAAGAUAUAAUGAAAGUGAUGGCGGAUUUUGUCGAGUCCGGGGGGCAACCGGUGGACUCGUCGGCCUAUACCAUAAAUGGUCAGCCUGGUGAACUUUAUCCAUGCUCAAACAACGACAUGUUCACUAUGAAGGUGAAGCAAAACAAGACGUACCUCCUCCGACUCGUCAACGCCGGCAUGAACGAGAUCAUGUUCUUCGGCAUUGCCGGCCACAACCUCACCGUUGUCGGCACCGACGGCAGCUACUCCAAGCCGCUCACCCGGGCCUACAUCGCCAUUAGCCCGGGCCAAACCAUCGAUUGCCUCCUCCACGCCGACCAACCCCGGGCCUACUACUACAUGGCCGCCCGACCCUACGUCAAUGGCGUCGGCGUCGACUUCGACAACUCCACCACCGUCGGCCUCGUCCGCUACUCCGGCUGCUAUCCGCCUGCCCGCCCGCCGCCCCUCCCGACCCUGCCUGAAUACAACGACACUUCAGCGGCCCUCAACUUCUCGUACAGCAUCCGGAGCCUCGCCUCGAAGGAACACCCGUGCGCAGUCCCGCCCGAGGUCGGCGAGCGGCUCGUGUCGACCGUCUCGGUCAACACGCGGCCCUGCCCGCCGGGCAGGACUUGCGAUGGGCCUAACGGGACCCGGCUCGCUGCUAGCAUGAACAACAUAAGCUUCGUGGCGCCAUCGAUUGACGUGCUCGAGGCGUAUUACUAUCGGAUGUCGGGCGUGUUCGGGGAAGGGUUUCCCGGGCAGCCGCCGCUCGUUUUCAACUACACGGGGGACGUGCUACCCCUCGAGCUCCAGGUCCCGAGGAAUGGCACGGAGGCUCGGCUCGUGAGGUACGGUGCGAACAUCGAGUUGGUUUUGCAAGGGACGAACCUCGUGUCGGGGAUCGACCACCCGAUGCAUCUACACGGGAACAUUUUCGAUUCCUUUAUACCCUACGCCUGUAAUAUAGCCGCUCAGUUUCAACAAUCCAAGAAGACCGAAGCAUGGAUAUCUCCAGCCUUAGCGGCGUCCGGAGUCGUCCGCCCCUCUAAUGUCACCCUCAUCAAUGACGCCUGCAUCGAGCCGCCUGUUGUCUGCCUCACGAACGACUCGAACAAGUUCUCAAUCGGCCGUGCCUUCUACCCCGCCCGGACCCCUUCAAACCCUCGGCCGACUCCACCAAAGUGA